UCUUUCUUUCAGUUAGCCUCAAAGGUGCUAUAAGACCUCUCUAGAACCUAUAAUAUGAACAGGAGGAAAAGAGGUAAUGUACUCUUUGCCUUUUCCACAGUUGAGAUUAACAGGGACCAAGACUAUUAUGGAAGAUUCUGAAGGGGACCUUUCUAUUCAGAGAGAAGCCAUCCUGUCUGAACUAUGUAAUAAUCAGAUCACUGCAAUGAACUUGGAGCAAGAUCUGAAAACCUUGGUGGCUUUAAAUGACCCUGAGGAUCGAAUACUAUUUCAAACUCCAGAUGGAUUUAAGCAACUUGAAAGAGCUGGAAAACAUAGUUGGCUACAGCAAAGUUUAACCCAAGUUGAUUUAACAAAGUAACUACUCAAGAUGGGAGAGGAACGUGCAGGCGAACCUCUUCUGGGUAUAGUGGCUGGUGGGGAUGCAGAUUAUGAGGGUGUCCUUCCCUCAGAUACAGUUUCCCUGAGUGAUUCAGAUUCAGAGGACUUCACAUUUCCAGGUGAUACUGAAGUUGAUACCAUAUCUCCUGAAGAACCCUCACCCUUGAAUGAUGUGGGCUCUGGAACAGAUGACAGCAGUAACCCUUGCCAUCAAAAAUCACGUGUCCAGCCUUUUCACCUGAAAGGGAUGAGUUCAAGCUUCUCACAACGCAGCCAGAGCAUUUUUGAUUGUCUGGAAGGGGCAGCAAAACAGGCAGUGCCCUCAAUGGCUGAGGAUAAUGUAAUCGAUGGAAGGUUUAAGCGCCCUCUCCCUCCUCCCACCUUUUCAAACAAGACGCCCACAGAAAGCCUUGGAAGGCAAAAUAAACCACCACCAGCUCCUAUAAAGUCCCCAGCAGUUCCUGACUAUGUGGCACAUCCAGAAAGAUGGACCAAAUACAGCUUGGAGGAUGUUUCAGAGUCAAGUGAUAAGAUCAACAGGGCAGUUGCCAUGGAUUUUCUGGAGAGUUUGAAGAAGACUAAAGGACAAGAAAGCUCAAUCUGUCCUGACAGCUAUACCCCAUCUUUCAACCAAGAUUCCUCCAGCUCUGGUGCCGGAAGAAUUGUCUUUACCAAGCCCACAAAGGCGGCUUUACAGAGAUCAGAAAGGAAAAGAGCAGGUGCGAGAGAGGAUGAAGAUGCUAAGCUUGCUGAUGCAGAUGAUGAACUGAAAGGGGAUUCUCCAAACAAGUCUAGCACCCAGGAUGAGGAACAUAAAGUUGUACUAGACCCCUUAGAGAGUUGUGGAAAGGAAGUGGAGAAUCGGAAACGGCCAAAAUUGGAGGAGUUAGGUGUUCAGAAAGGAUCUGAGACAGAUCAUUGCAAAGAAAGUGGAGAGAGAGUGGUGGUGACUGUGGGAUUCCAUGGUAGCAAGAAAAGGGAUAGGAAGCAUUUCCGACCCAAAGCUAACCGUGAUGAAGAGGAAGAAGAGUCCUAAAAACUGGAGAAAUUAUUGUAGGGUCUCCCUCGAGAUUUUCCUGAAAAUAUUUUCCUCCAUUGUUUGCAUGAGUUUUGCCAACCUGGUUGUUUUGUUUAUCAUACUUGGAACUGUAGCUUAAAAUACUAGGAUGUUGCACUUUCCCUCUGCAAAGUGUCUGUCUGCAUUAUAGAAUCAAAACUAGAAGAAAGCUUGUGUUGGAAGUUGAUGAUUCUAUGUGUGAGGCAAAAUCCAUUUUUUAAGUUGUGGAACGCAUCUUUAAAAAUGUAUAUCCACUUCAGAUUUGAAUAUGCUACUGCUUUGCUUAGUUGAUUAUGCAAAAUCCAUUGAAUGAUAUUCCUUGACUGCAUAUCUUAAGCAGUCAGUAUCACCCCAUGAUACAGUGCAGCAUUGACAAAGCAAUGCUAUAUGAAUGAGGUAUAAAGUGAGGAUGCUUGAUUGGCACCAUGUGAAGCAAAGCUUAUCCUAUACCUCUCUACAUUAUAUGUGAAAAUAAAAGCAGACUCUAUGGCAAGCCAUAUAGAGAUAAAGAAUAAGAUAAUACUGUACUCUGUAAAAAAAAAAAAGCAUUAUACAUGUUACUUUGUUUCAUUAAAACACUCAGUGUUUGAGAAUAAAACUUGGCUUGCAGAAGAUUCAGACAUGGUGAGGUACACUUUUUAAAGCAAAAAUGCAAAUAGAUAGCAAAUCCAGGACUAUAAUUCACUGAGCCAUGGAAGAUGGAGAAGAGUCUCAGCACUGAAUGACAUAAUUUUCCCUUGCAGUGGUAAUGGUUUCCAUCUCCAUACCAAAGAGUUUUUCUCUAAAGUUAUAUGGAUUUCAUAUCCAUAUAACUGGAUUUGUUCAGAAAUAAGGAGCUUGAAAAUUAGCUUUUAAACAAAUCUACCAUAAGGUAUUUUUAAUACUUCUCAGUGUCAAUAAAACCUUGAAUUACAA